AUGUCUGCAUUAUCCGCAGCGAUCUCAAGCGUCCUAGAGAAGGCCAAAAUAUCGGCAUCACCUUCGGGAGGAGUGGAGCUUCCACUGGCGCAAGAUGAACCUCUGGCGACCGCAGAAUCUUUUCUCUCGGAUGUCAAUGGAUCAGAGAAGUGCGAACUGAGAGUUGAGGGGAUGACAUGUGGCUCAUGUGUCGAGUCAAUCGAAGGCAUGUUAAGGACUCAAGCCGGAAUUCAUUCCAUCAAGGUCGCCUUGUUGGCAGAACGAGCAGUGAUCGAAUAUGAUCCCAAUGUAUGGGAUACAGACAAGAUCAUCGGUGAAAUCUCCGACAUAGGAUUCGAUGCAACCCUCAUCCCACUCUCUCGCUCUGACGAGGUAACUCUACGAAUAUAUGGCAUGACCUGCUCGUCUUGUACUUCUACCGUCGAAACAGGGUUGCGAGAGAUGCCAGGAGUCACCAGUGUGGCUGUCUCCCUCACAACAGAGACGGCCAAAGUGGAAUUUGAUCGUACUCUUGUCGGCCCAAGGGAGAUGGUCGAGCGAAUCGAGGAAAUGGGGUUCGAUGCCAUACUUUCGGACCAUGAAGACGCCACCCAGAAGCAAUCAUUGACGAGAGCGAAGGAGAUACAAGAAUGGGCCAACAGACUCAAAUGGGCUCUCGCCUUCGCUGUGCCUGUAUUCUUCAUCAGCAUGAUAGCACAUCGCAUUCCCUUUCUCCGGCCAAUUGUCAACCUUCGAGUCUACCGCGGUGUCUAUCUUGGCGACAUCUUACUACUCCUGUUGACAACACCCUCACAGUUCUGGGUUGGCCAAAAAUUCUAUCGAAAUGCGUACAAGUCGUUGAAGCACGGGAGUGCAACGAUGGAUGUUCUAGUCAUGCUCGGCACCUCUGCUGCAUACUUCUAUUCCCUCUUUGCCAUGCUUUUUGCCAUGACCAACGAUAAUCCCGACUACAGGCCAUUCGUCUUUUUUGAUACUAGCACUAUGUUGAUUAUGUUUGUCUCGUUGGGUCGCUACUUGGAGAACCGGGCCAAAGGUAAAACUAGCGCUGCUCUAACUGAUCUCAUGGCCCUUACACCAACUAUGGCUACCAUCUAUACCGAUGCCCCUGUCUGUACACAAGAAAAGCGGAUUCCCACUGAAUUGGUUCAGGUUGGAGAUACUGUCAAACUUGUACCAGGGGAUAAGGUCCCUGCGGACGGGACCGUCGUGAAGGGCUCUUCGUCCGUCGACGAAAGCGCUGUGACCGGAGAACCUGUCCCUGCUCUGAAGCAAAUCGGAGACAGCGUUAUCGGAGGUACCGUGAAUGGCCUUGGGACUUUUGACAUGCUCGUCACUCGCGCUGGGAAGGAUACAGCUCUUGCGCAGAUCGUCAAGCUCGUCGAGGAAGCUCAGACGUCCAAGGCACCGAUACAGGCCUUUGCGGACCGCGUUGCUGGCUACUUCGUCCCUACCGUGAUACUACUCUCUGUGAUCACGUUUAUUGUGUGGAUGAUCGUCUCCCAUGUGAUCAGCGACGAUUCGUUACCGACCAUGUUCCGUCGCACUGGCGCGAGUAAGCUUGCCGUUUGCUUGCAGAUGUGUAUAUCUGUUGUCGUCGUCGCCUGUCCUUGUGCACUCGGUUUGAGCACUCCUACGGCGAUCAUGGUUGGGACGGGAGUGGGGGCCAAGAAUGGUAUCCUGAUCAAGGGAGGACGGGCGCUCGAGGCUAGUAGAUUUAUCAAGAGAAUCGUUUUCGACAAGACGGGCACAGUAACAGAAGGAAAGCUAACCGUCGUCGGAAUGACUUGGGCACCUCCGAGCGACACUAUCGAGCUCUUACCAGAACAAAACGUUGGACCUCAGUCGCUAUCCUUCAAAUGUGCAGACAACGUGACCUCACGAGCGGCUAUCAUCUCAAUGGUUUCAGCUACUGAGGCUCUCUCGGAACACCCGCUGGCCAAAGCUAUCGCUGUAUAUGGGCGAGACUUGCUUGCCCAAUACGAACUAAAUACCCAAGAUGUCUCUAUCGAGUCUUUCGAGAGUGUCACUGGAUCUGGUGUGAAAGCCGUCAUCUCGGCGUCAGGAUCGAAGAUGACUCUUUACGUUGGUAAUGCGCGGUUUAUCACCCAAUCUGACAAUGGUUAUUUGCCGUCUGCCUUGUCACAUUUCGAAGCACAGGAAACUAGUCUAGGACAUACGAUCAUAUACGUCUCCAUUAGUCGUUCUUCAUCGUCGAUUCCAGUCCCUCUGUUGGCGGUAUCGCUGUCGGAUGCUCCUAAGCCAACCUCCGCUCAAGCUGUGAAAGCUUUGCAAGCGAUGGGUAUCGAGGUGAACAUGAUGACGGGAGAUGGCAAGGCUACUGCAUUGGCUGUUGCCAAACAGGUAGGCAUCAAUCCUGAAGGUGUCUGGGCCAAUAUGAGUCCGAAAGGAAAGGCAUCUCUGGUGACUGAUCUGAUGAGUAAUGGCGAUGGUGUAGCAAUGGUGGGUGACGGUAUUAACGACUCCCCCGCGCUGGUUGCAGCGACUGUGGGCAUUGCUCUGUCUUCAGGAACAUCUGUAGCCAUUGAAGCUGCGGAUAUUGUGCUCAUGCGUUCUGAUCUCUUGGAUGUCGUUGCCGCGCUCAAUCUUUCUCGCAGUAUCUUUACGGUCAUCAGACGGAACCUCGUAUGGGCCUGCAUCUAUAACCUGCUCGGCGUACCACUGGCGAUGGGUUUCUUCUUGCCUCUCGGCCUUUACAUGCAUCCGAUGAUGGCAGGCGCUGCCAUGGCGUUCUCGUCUGUCAGCGUGGUCACGAGUUCCUUGCUCCUGAGGUGGUGGACGCGUCCGACGGCGAGCGUGAUGCCUGGCGAGACUGUGCAUGGCGAGACGAUCAUGGAUAGCGCGCGAGCGACUGCCAGUGAUGCUUGGGGGUCUUUCAGGUCUCUGUUUAGGCUAAGCAGAAAGACCGAUGGGUACAGUCAGAUACCGGUGGAGAUGAGUGAGAAUGUAUAAGGUGGAAUCUAGUCUGGUUAUUUAUUUCAUUUCUUUCUUGGAAUACAUCUGUAUGCUUCUUGAAUAUGGGUGGGAGUGUGUCUUUCUAUCGUAUGACGGUCAAUGUAUAAUUUUUUCUGUAUCGCAAA